AUAGUUAGUUGAAAAAAAAAAACAGCCCAGUUGGUUUACCGUAAAAAGAUACAUCGAGAUUUGCAGGCAAUCGACAAAAGGGUCAGCGUUGGCGCGGGGAGUGCGUGGUGAGUUUUGGAGGUAAAAAGCCAACAAUUUUCAACAUGCCUCGUUAUAAAGAAGAUCCGCCAGCGGUUCGCGUCUAUACAGUCUGCGACGAAUCCAGAUAUUUGAUUGUGAGGAACGUUCCCGCGUUGGGAUGUGGCGAUGAUUUGCUGAAACUCUUCGCUAAUUACGGAGACGUUGAAGAAUGUAAACCAAUGGAUGCAGAAGAUUGUGAGCAAUUUACUGAUGUUUAUUGGAUCAAAUUUCGACUCGUUAGCAAUUGCAGGUUUGCGAAGAGAAAAUUGGACGAGUUUGUGUUCUUGGGGAAUCGUUUGCAGGUCUCAUAUGCUCCUCAAUUUGAAAGCCUUGAUGACACCAAAGAUAAGUUAGAAGGCAGAAGGAAAGAAAUCCUUGCAAGAUUGAAUUCUCAAAGAUCUAAAGGGCGUCCGGUUCAUCGCAUGCUCUCUUCCAAUGAGGCUCCAUCACUUCCUGCUUCAUCUCAUCAUAUUCCUAACCAGAUUAAUAAUCGACUGAGGGAUGUUGGGGAUGCAGAGUUCAGGUCUCAAAGUAAUAAUGCUCAAAUAACAAGAGUGUCAUCUGACAAGGACUACUUCCCUUCCCAGUCAAUGAAUCAGACGGUUAAAACGGUUAGGGACAAACUCAAUAAGAUUCAAUCAAGCACUGAACAUUUGCAAGCCGGACCUACACCCAAGAAAACACGAGUGGACAAUAGAAGAAGAAUCUGAUCAACCUUACCUUUAAGAUAUGCUUAUCUACAAGUUAGUUUUUCUAGUUUUUGUUAAAUUCGCUCUAAUGAAAUAGAGAAGGAAUGGAAUGGUAUUCGGAGGGAAUUGAAUAGAGAUAUUAUGCAAUUUGGUUGGGUGGAAUGUAAUAGAUGAGGAAUAGAGUAAUACGUUGUUUGGGUUACAGAA